UGGCUCUCUCAAAUUUUGGUCGCCAUUUGGUAUAGAUGCCGCAUUGACAAGACGCUUUGUUUUUAAGAUAGACUGCAACUACAUUAACUUAUCACUCAAGUUCAGAGUGCGGGCGGAAUUCACAUAAAAAGUUCAUGUGAAUAAUGGCCGAAUAUUUGGCCUCGAUUUUCGGUACCGAAAAGGACAAAGUCAAUUGUUCAUUUUAUUUUAAAAUCGGAGCAUGUAGACACGGCGACCGAUGCUCGCGAAUACACAACAAACCGACAUUUUCACAGACCGUUUUGCUACAGAAUCUGUACGUUAAUCCGCAAAAUUCAGCUAAAUCCGCCGAUGGCAGCCAUUUGGUGGCCAAUGUGUCCGACGAGGAGAUGCAGGAGCAUUACGACAACUUCUUCGAGGAUGUAUUCGUCGAAUGCGAAGACAAGUACGGAGAAAUCGAGGAAAUGAACGUUUGCGACAACUUGGGCGAUCACCUUGUUGGAAAUGUCUACAUUAAGUUUCGUCGUGAAGAAGAUGCAGAGAAAGGAGCCAAGGAUUUGAAUAAUCGAUGGUUCGGUGGUCGACCAGUUUACGCUGAACUAUCUCCCGUCACCGAUUUCCGUGAAGCCUGCUGUCGUCAAUACGAAAUGGGUGAAUGCACACGUUCGGGAUUCUGUAAUUUCAUGCAUUUGAAGCCAAUUUCUCGAGAACUUCGCAGAUAUUUAUAUUCACGUCGGCGCGGACGCAGUUCACGAUCCCGUUCGAAGUCACCGCGCGCACGUCCACGUGAUCGUUCACGGGAUCGUCGUCGUUCACGCAGCAGAGACCGUGAGAGGCGAGACAGAUCGGAGAAUCGAAAAGGACGUUACUGAUUGGACACACCGACAAGCAAAAUUGGAAUGACCGGGAGUGUGUAUGUCAUCAAUGAAUGAGUUUGUAAGAAACUUUGUUUUUUUGUUACUCUUCGUCAUAUAAACCAUCGGAGACGAAUAAAUAUUUGACUAAAUAAAAACAC